AUGGCGACGCAGACGAGAGAACAUGGUGGCCAUGGCCAUCAUCACCAUCACCACCAUGGAAACACGUACCUGACCUCUACGAAUACACAUGAUGCCGGUGUGCGGAUUACACGUCUCGGAUUGGUUGCGAAUCUCGCGAUGGCUAUUGGGAAGUUUAUCGGUGGCUAUGUGUUCCACUCGCAGGCUUUGAUUGCAGACGCCUACCAUGCGUUAACGGAUCUGGUCUCGGACUUCCUGACCCUGGGUACUGUCGCGUGGUCGCUGAAACCUCCGAGCGAGCGAUUUCCAAACGGUUACGGAAAGAUCGAGAGUAUUGGUGCGCUGGGAGUCAGCGGACUCCUGCUCGCUGGUGGUGUAUUUAUGGGUCUGAACUCUGGCCAGGUCUUGCUGGAUCAGUUCUUCCCUGAGGCGGCGUCGGCGAUUUCUCAUCUGGAUCUGGGACACGGCCACUCGCACAGCCAUGCCGACAUUCUUGGGCCUAGCAUCCACGCCGCCUGGCUUGCGGCGGGCUCCAUUGUUGUGAAGGAGUGGCUCUAUCAUGCUACAAUGAAAGUCGCAGUCGAGCGUAAAUCGUCCGUCCUCGCUUCGAACGCCAUCCACCACCGAGUCGACUCCCUCACAAGCAUUGUCGCGCUGUUUACCAUUGGCGGAACAUAUCUAUUCCAAGACGCCUCCUGGCUGGAUCCCGUGGGCGGACUGCUCAUUUCGCUCAUGGUCAUCAAGGCUGGAUGGGGCAACACGCGAACCUCUCUCCUCGAGCUGGCGGAUACGGCCGUCGACGACGAGAUCAAGACCGCUGUGCAGAAGGCUGCAGCCAAAGCUCUCGGUACCAUCAGCGAGGGCGAGUUGAUCAAGAUCCGGGAUGUGCAAGGCAUGAAAUCAGGACAGAACUACCUCAUGGACGUUGAGAUCGCUGUCCCGGGAGCUUGGUCUGUCCAGCGCUCCCGCGAGAUCGAAGAGAAGGUCCGCUCGACCAUUGGGUCCAGCCUUCGCGGGGUCAAGCGCGUCAAGAUCCGCUUCAUCCCCCUCGAGCAGGAAAGCUUGGACUUUUCCGAAGAGUUCAUUUCGCCGGAUGUUAGCAGCCAGGCAAACCCGGAGCCCGAGGAAAGUGUCGAGGAAGAGGCGCACCACGAGCGCGCGAAUGGGCAUAAACAUGACGACGGUGCCCGCAAGAGGCGCUGA